CUCCAAGAGUAGACCGCCUCCGUCUGAUCGUGACGGAACGCAUCUUCCAACGAAGGCAGGGAUCAGGGAUCUUAUAUUGGCCCAUAAUAAUAGAUAAUAGAUGGGAAGUCGCGUUGAUGGGGCUAAAAAAUCGCGUCGUAAUGUUGUUGGAGUAGCCUUGGAACUUGCGCCGCUGACGGCGUUAAUAAUUAUUAUAGACCCACCCCUGUUCGUCGCGGUUCGAUUAGGCACCCAUGCGCCGUUCCCCUGCUUUGUUCGAUGAUAGGUUGCUGCCCAACCCUCCAUGGAGCUGAACUAACGUUCUGCUGAAAGAUUUAAACUGUUGGUUCCCUCACCCUAUCCUGUCCAACUAUACACGCUUGUUUUUGCCCUACAUUAUCGAUUUGUUCAGUGCGGCCUCCACACAUCUCGUUGAUUUUGUUACGAUUUGCAGAAUUAUUAUUAACUAAUUAACUAUUAGUUAACUAGUUAAUCUGAUUUGCGAGGCAAAUACAGCCGGAAGGAGAUUGCUAUAAGAUUGUGCUUUAGAAUGGAUCGGACAACACAAGAAUUGUUAGCCCAAAUCGAGCAAGAAAAACGACGGCGUCAAGACGCGGAAGCGGAGGCCAGAAGCGAAAGAAGGCUACGUGAAGGAGAGCAGCGACGACGUGAAGGAGAGCAGCGACGACGUGAAGAAGUCGAACAGCAAAUUCAAGACUCCACACUCCCCGAAUUUCUCGACACUUGCCACGUGCAAUUAUUUCUCGGCCUGAACGUACAGGAAGACAAGCGCUCAUCGACUAAGGGAGAUCCGUCGAAUGCUGAUAGGAAACUCCGUCCAGAUAAGAUUCAGGAGUGGACGGAUUUUCCAAAGGAGCAAACUGCAAUAUGGGAGGAUCUCAUGGACGCAGAUUUUGUUACAGAGCGCCAUUUCACACCCCUGUUUGCGUUGAAGAUAUUCGGCAAACAAAUCCGAGAAAAAAUGCUGAGCUCUGAGCUGGAUCUUAGUUAUUUCGAACGGCAGACUGUCGAGUCGCUUGUCGCCUCGGUCAUCAAACAGCUCUAUGCGAACCCCCGACUUCGACAAACCUUCCACCUCAAUGGAGAUGUGACCUUCGAAAACCACGCAAAUACCUUGACUGACGAGUCAAAGAUAGUUGCAGAUAUGGGCUCUCUCAGCUUAACACAGGAGAAACCGCCGCGUCGGUCAAAGCGCUUGGCUGCAAAGCGAUCGGAUGAGGAGUUGGUUCCAGCCCCACUACCCGUGAACAACCAAACGAGAUCACAGCUCAAGCCUGCUCGGCCUAGAGCGGACCAGUUCUGCGUGUACAACAGGGGUCCUGAUGAAAAGGUGCCUGCCUUCAUUAUCGAAUACAAACCGCCCCAUAAGGUUUCCCUUGCUCAUGUAAAGGCCGGCCUUGAGGACAUGGAACUUAACCAGGUGGUCCGGUGUCAGGAAGAUAAAAAACCCGAAGAUAUUUGUCGCCGUGUUGUGGCUGCGGUCAUUACGCAAGCAUUUUUCUACAUGAUAACUGGGGGGCUAGAGUAUGGGUACGUGUGUACCGGCGAAGCGUUCAUAUUUCUUCGUGUGCUUGACAGUGAUCCUUCCACCGUAUACUACUAUCUAUCAAUACCCAAAGAGGACGUUGGCGAAACAACCGGGUGGACUGGUGACCUGAAUUGUGACAACCGCCUGCAUCUUACCGCGCUUGGUCAGGUGUUGGCCUUUACUCUUCGGGCUUUGCGAACGGCACCACGAGACCUCGGUUGGAGGAACUGGGCAAUGAGCAAACUGAAGACGUGGGAAAUUAUAUACGAUGUCCUUCUGACCGAAAUAUCGGAGAAGAACGUUCCUUCCUCAGACUUCAAACCAUCGCCACAGACUAGAAGGGAAUACUGUCGCGUAUCUCCAGUUAAGACGAGAUCGAGGUCUGCGGUGGCUAAUGUCGCAUCCUGUAACCCAUCGCAGGGUCUAAUCUCGCUCGAUCGCGACGACUCCGACGAUGAAUUUGAUCCUAAUACCCCCAGUCGAAGACCUCGAGAUUCUCGCUUGCCACGCCCAUCAGCGUGGCCAUCGCUAUCAGCCGGCGCCACGACGUCGCAGGGAGAUGCACAGUCCAAAGGCAAAUCUCGGCAGUAUUGUACGCAGCUCUGCCUUCGAGGCUUGGCCACAGGAGGGAAAUUAGAUUGGGAAUGUUCCAAUGUGUUGGACCAUGGAGUCGAUCGACAUCAAAUCAACGCGACGACACUCAUCGGUCUGUUGGAUCGGCAGUUAUGCAGCGGUGACCUGCGGCCCGACUUGGAGCUCGGGUGCGAGUCGUUGCAUAUUCAUGGGAGCCGCGGGGCGCUGUUCAAAGUGACGCUGCUAUCAAACGGAUACACUUUUGUUGGAAAGGGCGUGCCGGUGGAGUUUGUGGACUGCUUGAAGCAUGAGGAGUCGGUAUAUUCGCGUCUUAGUCAGAUACAAGGGAUACACGUGCCAGUUCUACUUGGCAGUCUAGCCCUUUCUCGGCCGUUCUACUACGACGGCAUCGCGGAAAUCGUCCAUAUGAUGUUCAUGGGCUAUGCUGGAAGGACGCUCAGCUAAGCGACACGAAAUAGACCAGAGUCAGCUGACCCAGCAAGCUGAGGAUUCCCUGCAUGCCAUUCACCGGUUAGGUGUGCUUCACAGUGACCCGAUACCUGGAAACAUGACCUGGAACAAAGGAGAAUGGCCGAGUAAUGUUCAUUGAUUUUGAGCGGGCCAAGUUUCAGAAUCCACGCAUGCCACUGGGGCCCGUUUCACCAAAUAAUAGGCGCAAGCGAGCGCUAUAUGACAAGCGCCGUAGCAAGUGUUUUAGUUCCUUUGAGCGUGAAACGCUGCUCAUGAGACACGACCUGCAAUCUGUGGAAGGUGUAACGCUUUGAUUGAAAAGGUUGCUAGCUUGGUGUAUACAGAAAACUUGCCCUUCAGGAAGCAGAAAACUUGACCUCGCUCACAAAUGUGGCCUGUGCCACUACCUGACCUCGCUCAAUACAUCUUUUCUUGUAAUUUGAAACCACUCAAUUAUUUAUCAUCAAUUCUAUAAUCAAUUCUUAAUUAAUUCAAAAUCAAUUCAAAAUUAA